AGGGUACCAGCACAUGUUGCGGCCAUGACUCCCGAAGAGAGAGAUGCAUACCUGACAGAAAGGCAUCAAGCUAAAAUUCGCGAUGUGGCUACUUACGUAGCUAUAGCACUUGAAUCAAUGCAGGGCAAAGAAUGCAUCUACGCCCCAUACGCCUUUGACGACCACUGGAUUACUUUUCUUCUAUAUCCAAAGUAUAACGAAGUUAUAGUCUUGGAUUCUCUUGAUAAAGACAUACAAUCAUAUCAGGAAAUCCUCAGAAUCUUCGAUCUUGCAUAUAAAAGGUAUUACCAGGUAGGCGGACAACGGCGAAACGACAGAGAUCAAAUAUACAUCCGCAAUAAGUGGCCGUGUCACAAGCAACCGAAGGGAAGCGUAUUAUGUGGAUAUUAUACUUGCGAGUUCCUUAGGAUCAAUGGUCAAUAUUGCAAAAAUUAUGGAGAUCUUCCAAAAUUUCCCAAGAGUGAUAGGGAGCUGGAUGAUAAAUCCAUUCAGAAUAUACAACGAGACUUGUGCUAUUUCAUUCACAAUGAAUGUUGUCACCAGCUUGGGAGGUUUUUUGAGAAAGAAGGGCUUUUGAGCUUGCCAGAAAACGAUAUUCUUUCUAACUGGAGCAAGCAUGCAAUUUAAAUUCAACGUCAAUGUCGUUAGUCGACUUUUAAGACUAGCAGUAGUGGGAUAUAGUAGUAGUUAGCACAUAUAUAUGUGAAAAUGUCCAGGUCUGCAGGUGAUGGAGAAGAAGGUGGUGAAGUCUGAAAUCUGAAAUCUGAAUUUACUUUUGAAUCUGAAAUCUGGAUGGUGGUACCUCCUGCUAUUUUUGUUGCUGCUGCUAUUCUGAUCUGAAAAUAGAUAUUGAAAUGCAGCACAUGUAUGUUUCAGACAAUAUAUUAAAAUUGAGAUGAACUAUGUUGCUGCUUCUGCUGAUUGCGAUUGAACUGAUUCAGGUGAAUGCUAGCUUUAUAUAUAUAGGGACAUUUUAUUUUGUAACUGAAACUGAUCUGCAAGAUGAAAAAUGAUGUGAUGAUGUCCCAGCUGUAUAUAUGUGAUGUAUGGCUAAAUAUAUCUGAAGAGCUGUAGGACUGAAUAUGAAUACGAGCUAUGAAUCUAAGUCUGAAUCUGAAUUUAGUGCAGUUGCAGUACUGAACCAUUGCAGAUGGGAUUUUCCAGGAGAUGAGCUGUUUGCUGCAUUUUUCAGGAAUU